GAAACCCAUGUACUUUAUAUAUAUUAUUUAAUAAUUAACAAAGUUUCCCUUGUAAUUUCUAGUUUCACUUUUGUUUCUUUUACCUGAGCUGUGAAGAAAAGAGUUCAUAAUGCUUCAAUCAAGUCUGAGGAGAAUCUCAAGUCGGGUAUGAAACGGAGAAAUGCAAACUAUUUUUGUCAAUUAUGUAUGCACAAAGCCUGGCUCAAAUAUGACUAUAGCUGUGAAGCUGUCCUUUACGAUUCUUGUCUUGGCAUAUGUAUUCGAAUAAAGGCGUUGUAAAGAUGUCACAUUUCAAAUUUUGCCAUGAAUUGAUGAAUACAAAUAGUUGUCAUUUUCAUAUGCCAGAAUAACAAUCGUAUACAACUAAUUGUCUAGUUAUAUAAAUAACUAGCUAUAGCCCCUUGCCGGCUAGAGCCAGUCAUGCGCCCUUGCCGGGUAGACCCUGGGUAGCCAGUGAUUGUGCAUGCCUCUGCUUGCUAGAGCCAGUCAUUGGGCCUUCGGGCUCUGCUGGCCAGAUAAUGGGCAGUUUCAGAUUUGACUGCUGCCUCUCACUGGCUUAAUAGUUACGCAGUUGAUUGACCCUCUCUUAAAUUAUGUGGGCCAGUACAGUACCAAUAUAACUCAGUAAAUACCAUUCAUGUUACUGUGAUUGACAAGCCAUGAUUCAGGGCUUGACAUAACGUUCCCAAUGUUCCUGAUCACAGUGAUUGGCAUUCCAAAAGCUUCUGCCAAUAAUUUUUUCCGAUCCUUGAUCGUUGUGAUUGUCUGUCAUGUCAAGUCCUGUGAUUAUUCAUAAAUGUCACUCUCCAAAAUACAUUCUCUGCUGUCACAUAGUAUGUUGAAAUUACAUGAGAUAAUGAAACCAGCCAUGCUGUCCCUUCAAUUUACAGCAUAUUUGUCAACAAUUAAGAUAUACAUCUCGAUACUUUGGCAAGAAGAAACAGUUCCCUUCAAAUACGGUGAGUUAUCAUAGUUACUUGCAAACAAAUCAUAGUUUUCUGAGCUGAAAGAACAAUGUUUUUUUGUGAGAAUUAAAGCAUAAAAUCUAAAUGGACCUAGUUCGUUAUUAUAGGUAAUAAAUUUUGUUCCUCAACAAGAAGCAUGGGUCAUUGAAAGGUUCGGAAAAUUUUCUCGAGUUUUGGAACCAGUAAGUAUCAGAUCGUUUUUUAACAGUAUAGUAGGAACAACAAUCUAACCUGUAGCUAGCCUGCAGAAAACAGCCACCUGGUUGUCACAAGACAAUCAGGCAGAUGUAUUUGCAGGCUAUAACCUUAAUAUUGCCAGCUGUACAAUAUCUUGUAUUGUGAAACGUUUCUGGGAGUGGAUUUUUUAUUCUUGUUUUAUUAUUAGGGUCUUGCAAUUCUUAUUCCUUUUAUUGAACAAAUUAAAUACGUACAAAGUCUAAAAGAAGUCGCAACAGAAGUCCCAUCUCAGUCUGCUAUUACGUUAGGUAAGACAAGACUAUCAAUUUGUCAGGUAAAAAUGUGUUUAAAAUGAAGCGCUUUUAAUAACUACAGUUUAUAAUGAGAGUUGUUUUUUAUGUAUUUUUCAGACAACGUAACUCUGCAGCUCGAUGGUAUUUUAUAUUAUCGCGUUGAAGAUCCUUAUCAGGUGAAAUGAGUGUUUUCUUGUCUGCCCGAAGACUAUAUACAUACAGAUAUGAGGUGUUUUGUUGUUGUUGUUUGUUGCUGCUGUUGUUGUUGUUGUUGUUUCUCCUGCUGUUGUUAUUGUUGUUCUUUGUUGUUGUUGUUGUUGUUGUUGUUGUUGUUGUUGUUGUUGUUGUCCUUUGUUGCUGUUGUUGUUGCUGCUGCUACUGUAAGUUGUUGCUGUUGUUGUUCUUUGUUGUUGUUUGUUGUUGCUGUUGUUACUCCUGCUGCUGUUGUUAUUGUUGUUCUUUGUUGCUGUUGUUGCUGCUGUUGUUGUUGCUACUACUACUGUAAAUUGUUGUUGUUGCUGUUGUUGUUCUUUGUUGUUGUUGUUUGUUGUUACUCCUGAGCUGCUGUUGUUGUUGUUGUUGUUGUUGUUGUUGUUGUUGGUGUUGGUGUUGGUAGUGUUGUUGUUGUUGUUGUUGUUGUUGUUGUUGUUGCUGCUGCUGCUGCUGUUGUUGUUGUUGUUGUUGUUGUUCUUUGUUGUUGUUUUUUUGUACUACUAUUUCAUAGAAAAUGUCACAUAAUGUUACAUCAUGUUAUAUUUGCCAGGCUUCGUAUGGUGUGGAAGAUUGCGAAUACGCCGUCACCCAGCUGGCUCAGACUACAAUGAGAUCUGAAUUAGGUAGAAUUCCUAACUUUUGAUGUUGUAUUUAAUAUGCAACUGUUUUAUUUACACAAAAUUCAUCCCUUACGUUGUUUAUGAAAAUUCCAGGAAAGAUUACACUGGAUAAAAUUUUCCAAGAAAGAACCUCGCUAAAUUCUAACAUUGUCAGUAAGUAUACGAUAUGAUUGUACGCUAUUAGAGACCGCCCAUUAUUUAUGACGGAGGGCGGCACCCAAGAGAAAUGUCUUUCUUGGUAAAAUUUUUGCUGAUUCAACCAUCAUCCUUUAUAAUAAAAAUAAUUUUAAAAAUGUGUGUUCACUAUUCUGUAGAUGCGAUCAGCGAAGCGGCGUCUGCCUGGGGGAUUAAAUGUAAACGUUAUGAAAUACGUAAGUGCAAGGAUAGCUAUCAUCAGUAAAUAACCGCGAACACGUAUUCUAUAAUUAAAAACUGUGUUACUUAACUGUAAUUUAUUCCAGGUGAUAUUCAACUACCACCCAAAGUCAAAGAAGCUAUGCAGAUGCAGGUUUAAACUGUUAUAGGCCCAUUUCCAUUCAAGAAAAAUUUCAACGGACAGAAAAUUUUCCGAAAAUGUCAUUGUUAAAAGUUGAAAAUUUUCAACUUCAAAAUUUUUUCCGACGGAAAAUUUGUGUCGACCAAUCACAUUUUGAGUGGAACAUGUGCUUUUAUACCGCUAAGCUUUCCAGAUUUGAAACCAAUGACUUUUUUUGCGUGCAACCUCGCUAACGUAACGUGUUUAUCGUUCAUUUCUUCGUUGAUAGGUUGAAGCUGAACGUAAAAAACGAGCAGCCAUACUCGAAUCUGAAGGUAGAAAUUAUUGCAAAGAUUUUAAAACGAAGAGUCUCAAAACUUUUCACAUAAAUUUACCACGUCACGUAAAGAUAGGUCUUUGUAAAGAUAUUUGUGUUGAUUUUUUGUUUCUGGUGCGCUAUGCACUCAAGUCAGGUGAAGAUAUAGAGUGAUAACCUCUCUAUAAAUAUUUCAUUUCUGAGCACAUCACUACAUUUUCUCAGGUAAAAAGGUAGCCGCGAUCAACGUGGCCGAAGGGCAAAAACAGAGUCAGAUUCUUGCUUCUGAAGGUCGAAAAAUGGAACAGAUUAACACGGCGACCGGUACGUAAUUAUAACUUGAUAAAUGGUGCAAAAAUUGGUGCGCACUGCGUACAUGAAGGAAACCUAUAAACGUAUCAAUUUCACAUUAAUAUUUUCACCACAUGUAAUGAUUUUUCUUUCAGGUGAAGCGAGUGCGAUUCUUGCGAAAGCGAACGCCAGAGCGGAAGCCAUUCUGAAAGUAUCAGAGUCUCUGUCACUUAAGGUAGCCACAGCUGUAGUUGGUUGUACAUAUAUGCUCACUUGGAUUAUCCACCAAACCCAUUCUCUGGCUAUAGAGCUUCGUUUUCGUUUUACAUUAGUUAAAGCCCAACUGAAUAGGCUCUAUAGUCAAGGUGAUGUACGUUCCGGAAACGUGUAUUUGUUAGUCCUCAAUGUGACAAAAUGUAAAAAGAAUAUUCUAAGGUCCAGGGUACAGUGAACGAAAGCCAACACCUAGGUUCUUUCAAAGAACGAUCAAAGUACACUAAUUCUGUUCGUUAACUUUGUUUCAGAGUGGUGAUAACGCCGCGGCACUCACUGUUGCAGAACAGUAUGUUCAAGCAUUUGGUAAUCUCGCCAAGACAAGUAACACUGUGAUACUCCCCGCUAACACGGGUGACGCCGCAUCCAUGGUCGCUCAGGUAUUAGCUUAAACCAGGCGCACACACUGCGAUUUUAGUCGGCCGAUUCAGGUUUAGAUGGAUGUUUUCAGCAAAAACAAUCAGUGAUAGGAUCUGUGGGCUCAUCUACAUCGCCAGAUUUGCCAAUAUCAUACACCUAAACCUUAAAUCGGCCGACUAAAAUCGCAGUGUGUGCGCCUGGCUUUAGUUUCCUUCAUUAUGACCUGUGCAUUAGUUAUCUGAGGCCCAAUGUGUCAUUUUAACAAUACGCUUCGAGGUGGUUUACAAGAUGUAAUGAGUACCGUAUUUACUCGAUUGAGCGCCGCCCCCGAUUGAGCGCCGCCCCCGAUUGAGCGCCGCCCCCGAAUGAGCGCCGCAUUUGAGAUCAAAUUUUUUUAAAGAGCGCCGCCCCCGAAUGAGCGCCGCACUAAACAGUGUAAAAACUUUCAGCCGUCAAAAUGGGUACAUUUAGUAACAAAAACCUUUUAAAACUUGUCUAUUUUAUAGUUAAAAGUUCUUGUCAUAAUUCACAAAUAAAAUAUUUUUUAAAGAGCGCCGCCCCCGAAUGAGCGCCGCAUCUGAAGCUCUGAAAAUUUAAAGAGCGCCGCGGCGCUUAAACGAGUAAAUACGGUAUGCAUACUCACCUAAAGGGAGUUAAUAAUUUUCAAUAGUUUUAGACCAAAUUCUCCACGAUGAAAAUAUGUAAUUUUGGACACGGCGACUGGGACAAUCAAUUUUUUUCGGACUCGUAUUUGCUCAUUUUUUCUCCAUAUUGGAUUAAAAACGUGUCAUCCUGCAGCUAAUAGCCUGAUCUUUAUUAUUAUGAAAAAAUACGUUCAUGCAUCGAGUGAUAGGCAAUUCCAGCCAUAGACUAAAUUUUGAUCCAGGCAAGAAGAACAAAAUCCAUCACCACAGCUAGAAAGAGCAUGUUAAAAUUAGUAAAAUUUCAAAGUUUGGCCUCGAAAUGUUGUAAAACGCAGAAAAUAUAGCCCUGCGAAAUUAGCAAAUUUUGUAUUAAUCUGUAUUACGCACGGGAAAAUGCACCCCAUUUGGGCCGAAAGAAUUCGCAACCAUACUUUGCAAUUUUACUAAUUUUAACAUGCUCUUUCUAUAGUUGGCCGGCCAAGGUGGCAAAAAGUGCCUCUAAAGAGAGUUUGACGGCAACUUUAUGUUAGAAGCUGGUAACAGGCAUUUUCUUAUAGUUCAAGCCUUGGUGAAUAAGACUGUGUGUGUUACCACUUCUGAUUUUUGCUUUAUAGCCAAAAAAUUGAGAAUUUUAAAAUUUUGCCUAUUAAAUUACUAUGACGGCAAAAAAUGUAAAAUUUCAUGUUCUCUUAUACAAAAAAUAAACUAUACCACUAGAAAGAUCGCAAAAAACUAUAUAUAAGAUAAUUAAGCGACUAGUGCGAUUUUCAAGCCGAUUUUGAAUUAAAGAUGGUUAAAGUUGGCAAAAUGGGUACUAAUUAGCAUUAAUUUGGUCAUUUCUGCAUUUUUUAACAUUAAAACCUCGAAAUAGGAUUGGAAAAACGUAGAACUCACUUAAUUGUCUUAUAUAUAGCUUUUUACGCUCUUUCUAGUGGUAUAGUUUAUUUUUCGUAUAAGAGAACAUGACAUUUUACAUUUUUUCCGAUCAUAGUAAUUUAAUAGGCAAAAUUUAAAAAUUCUCAAAUUUUUGGCUAUAAAGCAAAAAUCAGAAGUGGUAACACAUGUAGUCUUGUUCACCAAGGCUUGAACUAUAAGAAAAUGCCUGUUACCAGCUUCUAACAUAAAGUUGCCAUCCAGUUGUACAAAUUGAUGACCGGGCCGGCCGUCUACUAGCUAUGGUGAUGGAUUUUGUUCAUCUUGUCUAGAUCAAAAUUUAAUCUAUACCUGGAAUAAUCUAUUAACGCACAAUUGCAUACCAAAGUUGGAUUACAUUUUUUUACAAUGUAUUUGAUCUCCUAUAGGCAAUGGCUGUAUAUAGUCAGGUUUCAAAACCCACCACACCUGACGAUCCUGACGACCCUAACGACCGAAGGAUCACGCCACCUAGCGACGAAUCGUCAGAGUCACAUGACAACCAAAGACCGGAGGUGACGCAUGCCGAAAGUGCGGGAACAAGAAUGGAUCAUAAUGUAUUGGACACUCAGUGGCAACAAGUGUCCGAGCCAACCCAUUUUACCGCCGCUAGUUCCCCGACUAGAAAAAGGGACUUCGCGUAGAGAGUAUUGUAGAUGGAUAACAGAUUUAGUAGUGACAUGACAAGCUUGAUGGGUUCCUGUAUAUGUUAUACAUGAAGUGAAGGUUUUGUCUCGGAACGCACGAAGUCGGUCGAACAACGGCAUACAAUCUUGAACAUAACUUGUUGAGACCGUCUCAAUGGCUAUGACCAAGAUUGCAGCUUCGGUCCGCUUUGGAAAUGAAUAAAAAGACAUUUUACUCCACGGUGUGAACAAUAUAAAAUUACAUGAAGAAAAAUAAUA